AUGGCCAUGAAACCCGAGAACCCCGGUAGUGGGUUUCGCCAUAGCAACGUCUUUGCCUUCAUCAACGAGCGGAUGGCCAGGCACGCCACAGGCCCCCAGUUCUAUCUUGAAAAUCUGACUUUGUCCUGGGAAGAGGUGGAAGACAAAUUCAGGGCCAUCUUGGAGGACCACGAGAUGCCCAGAGAAGCCCUGGAGGCCUGUGCCUGGAGCAGCCUGGCCCUGGGCGUGCGCUUCGCCCGCUGGCAGAGCCACCUACAGAGGCGCAGGGUGCAGUGGCUGCACGACUUUGCCAGGCUGCACAAGUCGGCUGCACACACCUUGGCCUCCGACCUGAAACAGCUCUCCGAGCAGCAAGAGAUGGAGCGCAAGGAGGCCGCCUUCCAGCUGAGGCUGGCUCGGACCAAACUGACCGAGGUGCAGAGAGAGCGGGACCUGCUGAGAUGGAAGCUCCUCCAAGCAGAGCUGAGAGCCCUCCCAGUUGCAGAGGGGCCAGGCCGGUCUACCACCACAGCCACAGCUGCUGCCAUUACUACUGCUUCCACUGCCACUGCUGGAAGGGCCACUGCUGGAGGGGUGGGAAUGGGGAGGCAAGGAGCAGGUGACAAGGAAAAGAUGGCAGAUGUAGAAACUACUGCUUCAGGAGGCAGAGGAAAAAGAGAAGAGGAGAACAAUGCAGCAGCACUGCCUGUCCCUGCGGAGGCCCCACAAGAGCAGGAAAAAAGCUUCCUGCAGCUUCUGGGAGUUGAGGAGUGGAAUUAUCCCUUGGGCAGGAAUAAGGAGGGAGAUCUCAGAUCUACUGACAUGGCCACCUUUUCUCUCCCUGGUAUCCGGAAUCCCAGGCCCAUAAUCUCCCCUGACCUCCUCACUGUUCAACUCCCCGCUUCAUUCACUUACUCCUAUGAAAGCCCCUUCCCAGCUAGGACCACCCAAUCCCCACCACCAACUGUGAGCAAACCACCUGUUCUACCUACAAUGCUUUCCUACUGUGUACCUUCUGACAUUAGUCUGCUCUCUGAUAUGGGGGCCCCAGGAGUAGACCUUCAAGAACCCCAGAAGGACAGGAGAGACUCUGAACUCCAGCAGCAGAGAAAAGCUCCAGUGUUUCGCAGGCCCGGGGACUGGGACUGUCCUUGGUGUAAAGCAGUGAAUUUUUCACGGAGGGAAAACUGCUUCUGCUGCGGGAGAGGAAUCUGGCUGCAAAGCCCUUAG